CAGCGGCAUCCUUUCAUUUGCAGAAAGUAAAUUUUGUGUUAAAUAUCCAAUUUUAAGACAGCAUUUUUAAUUUCCGUAUUUGUGUCUUAUUAACUAACAAAAAGGAGGGAACUGUAUGAUUUAGAAUUUUUCCAUUUUAAAUAAAGUGCUCUUCAAAGCCAUGGAAAAGCUAAAUGCGAUAAUAUUAUUACUAUUGGGGUUUUCCAUUACAUUAGAUCAGAUUGACGUAGUUCAGAGCAAUGAAGUUAAAGAGCUCUACACUUAUGGCUACUCCUACAGCCAGUUUUUCCCAUUGGAAGAAAAUCUCACACCGGAUCGUAUUUUACGAUUUUCGGUGAGAGCUUCAAGGGAUGCUCACAUUCUUCUUGCACCGACGCAUGAAGCUGACGAACCGGUCUAUGAGAUUGUACUUGGCGCUCAUAAUAACACGGUGAAUCACAUCAGAGGAAGAUGUCCAUGCCAAGAGGAACCCAGUGCCUCGAUAAAAACCGUAAAUCUUCUGAGUGCGCGGGAAUUUCGAAAUUUCUGGGUUCGAAUGAAAACAGAGAAACUCAGAACUUUUAUCCAGAUUGGCCUUGGAGAAAGUGAUACAGCCUUCCAUGAGUGGCGAGAUCCACGUCCCCUGAAACCACAAUAUUUGAGUUUUCGAUCAGCAACAAUUGGUGAAUGGCGAUACGGAUUCAGAGAUUCCAGUUAUACCACUGGCAUUUCUAAAGAUAGAAGAUCAAGUGUAGUGACUUCAACUGGCUUCGGACAAUAUUUCCCUUUGUCCGAUGUUGUAAAUCAUUCCGACAAUGACAUUACAUUAUAUUUUACAGCAAGAGCUGAAUUCGAGUUACAGGUACUUUUAAGUCCAGAUGUUAGUACACUAGGAAAUGUGUACUUGAUUGGAAUACGUAAAAAUGGAGCGUAUGUAAAGGAUCGCCACUUGGGAGAGAGUAAAGCUGCUUUUCAACAAGAAUUAUUCUUGAAUUCUAGGGAAAGAGUGAGAUUUUGGAUCAAACUUACAAGAGACGGUUUACUCACUUUGGGAAGAACAAGUGCAUCAAAUCCAGUUUUGCAAUGGAGAGAUCCAAAUCCAAUAUCUCCUCAAUUCCUUAGCUUCAAUAUGUACCAAGAAAACGAAGAAGAAAUUGAUCCCACUGUUUACGCUGAUGUUCAAAUUGGCCUCGGUCCUGAUUAUAAAAUCGGGUCUCAAGAUUGUGCAGCUCGGUGGAAAGAUGGUACAACUCAAUUACCACCUGGUCUGUUUAGAGGUGGACGAUACGAUAAUGGAGUAAUAUAUAUUUGUCGAGCAAACCACGAAGGUGAUACCGUUCCUGGAAGUUACAUUGUAGAUGAAAACCAACAAGGAAGAUGCUACAUUUCUUACGAAUUAUCUGUUUAUCAAAAGCCAGAAUUUGAGAUACUCACCGGCUGUCGUAUGAAGUGGGUGGCAGCAUCCUUAGGCUAUGUUCCUGAAGGUGCAAUUAUUGGUGGCUACCGACGUGGAAAACCAAGAUAUUACGUUGCUAGGGUCAAGCACGAAGGCAUGAUUAUAGUAGGAAAACUGCAACCUGAUGGUAAAAUUGCUUAUGUUCCCUUCAAUGGACAGGAACUCCCGUUUACCAAUUAUGAAGUCCUAGUGCAAAUUAUCAAUACUGUGACACCCCUCUCAGCCGCACUCAUUGCUGGAACUAAUAAAGUUCCAACUUCUCUUCCGUCUUAUGACAGACAUUCCACUAGAACUGAUUAAAAUACUUUUUUUAAUCAGCAGCUAUUUUUUUAUCUAUCUCAUGAUCAUUUUUUCGAUUUAAUAUAGAUAUAUAUUGAUAAUCAUUAUUAAUAAUUAUCCAGCUAUUGAAAUAAAAAUUUAUUGUAUGUGUAAUUUAGUUUAACAUUUUACUAUUUAAGUUUUAGUUUAUGACUCUACUGCAGUGAUCGGCUUUUAUUAUCAACUGCAUAAAGACUGAUGCUCUACCUAAAAUACAAUUUUUUAAAUGUUCUCUAUCUAUUUUCUUCAAAGAAUCAAAUAAUUUGUCUAGAAAUUAAUAAAGCUCUUUACAGUAUAAAAAAUAGCGGCUUAU